CUUCCCAUCAGGUUUUAUUUUGAUUUUAGAAUUUUGCUAUAUAGCAUAGGUUCCAUAUAAAGCAUUGAAAAUGAUCUAUCAUCAUAUAUCUAUGUUUAGAAAUCAUUACUUGCAAAGUGGUGCACUAAUAAGCACUAUUAAUGGUUCUCUGUAUGGCCCUAAUAUUAAUGACAUUAUACCAAGAAUAUAUAUAUUCUUUUUGGUUUAAAUAUCUAAGAGAGAUAGUAUAUGAAAAGAAGAGAAAGUACAUACUUGGUUGGUUAUGUAUUAUUCUCUCUCUAUCUGUACGUUUAUAUAUCUGUGGUAAAAGAAAUUAUUUAUGGUGAGAAAAUUUCAGCAAAUAACUUAGGGAAUGGAAGAUAUUUUUUUGUUAUUCAAGUUUGUGGUCCAAAUUUUUGGAAUGAGGGAAGCAUGGGACUAAGAAACAGACAACUUAUGCAUAAAGGGAAGUUGAUGUCAUCAUUUUGUAGUAUUAGGGCUCAAUGCCAUUAUUAUAGUUUAGCAGUACAUAUAUACACACAUUCCCCCACACCAACAUAGCUAUUUUCAGCAUAAACAAUAUGAUGUUUCCAUUGAUCAUUUCAGGUAACAUCAAAUUGAUAACUGAUAUAUGAAGGUUGAAUGAUAAACAUACAUGAACAUCUGAACACAAGUUUCCACCAAAGUAUAGUUAUUAGUUAAUACUGCAGAAGCUUAAUUAGCAGUUAGAUAUCCAAUAAUGGAGAAGAAGCUCAUUAGGCCAUGUGACAGAGAAUACAUGAGGAUGGCCAUGCUAAAACAUGAACAAACUUUCAAACAACAGGUACUUCUUCUUCUUCUUCCCUUUCAGUUUAUAUACAAAUACAGCAGAAUCAGUGAAAUUGAAGAGUCAGAGAUUGAGUUGACUCUAGGGCCUUCAAGUCACUACAACCGUAAGAAAGUUGUUGAGGCAUCACCUCUAACUUCAGAUUCAGGUCAAAGCUUUUCUUCUUCUUCUGGUUCUGGUUCUGGAUCCUGUUUCAUACACAACAACACAAGUUUCAAGACCCAUCAAUAUCAUAGCAGCCAUAGAGAAGAAUUAGGUGGAGGCAUUAUAGGCCUUGUCCAAGUGCCACAUUCAAGUAGUGGUGUUAGAAACGGCUACCAUAUUAUUGAAGAACAAUCAAGACUAGAGAGAUCAAAACAGCCACCUUCACUUCUUCAAGUAUUGAGCCUUAGCAUUACAUGAGAAUUUCUAUGGUCAAUGUGAUACAUAUAUAUAUAUCUGCUUAAUUUACUACUGUUUUGACUAUUAUCAAGUGCAGUUUUAUGAUGUCUUGUGUAUAAAGUACUAAGUUUUAUGGUUUAACCGGUUAUGGUGUCUAAUAUUUCUUUGA